AUGGUGUUCCUUCUGGCACCUGUGAUUGUGGCCUUCUUGGCAAAGGCACUGUUCAAGUCGCCACUGCCACCCGGCCUCUGGCCUGCGCUGGCCCUCAUGCUGCUGGGCUGCAGCAUGGUAAUUGGCAGCAAGGCGAUGGCGGCUGGCAGCCACCCCAAGAACGCCGCGCUUGCUGGAAGCAGCCCUGGACUGCCUGCAGGAGCAGGCAUGACCCUGUGGGCAGACCGGGCAGAAGAGGCGUGGCUGUGCAUCGCCAUCUUUGGCGAGGAGCGCGGCUCCUGGCUGUGCAACUUGGAAGCCGAAAAGGAGACCACUGAAGGCGAUGGCGAUGUCGGCAGCGGCACUGGAAACAGUGUGGGCAAGAAGGCCAAGAACUGGAAAAAGAAGAAGCCAAAGCACGAUAAGGGCGGGUUGGGCGCUCGCGACGCGCUGGGCAUCGGUCUCUCCUUCCUUGGCGCCCUCGGCCUGGCUUCCUUCAUGACCACAGUGCAGAGGGCUCGUGGUGUGGUGAGCGACCAGACGGUGCUGUGGUGCAACUUCCUGACCCAACUGCCCAUCUGCUUCACCCUCACAUUCGUUCUCGAGCACGACAAGUUUCCCAUGCUGCUGCACCUGGGCUUGGUGGAGUAUGCGGAGGUCUUCGCCAUGGCAGCCGGAGUCAACUGGUUUGCGAAUUGGAUCCAGCAGAUGUGCAUCCGGAAUCUUGGGGCACCCCAAGCUGCCGCCUUUCUGCCAGUGCGCCUGCUGGGCUCCCUGGCUGCUUCCUACCCGCUGCUGAACGAGGGCCUGGUGGGGCCUCUCCAGUGGGGCGGCGCCUUCCUGCUGCUGGCGGCCGUGAGCUGGUAUCUUGUGCAACAAAAGAAAGCGGCGGACCUGGGCUCCCGCUCCACGGCAGCAUUGAUGGCGGUGGAGGCAGAGGCACACUAG